GGCGGGGCCGGCGGGUGGUGGCGCGCACGCACCGUAGGGCGCGGAGCCGCGCGCGGAGAUGGCGUCUGAAGCAGAGCGCCGUCCCCAGGGCAUGUUUGAGUGCCAGCUCUGUGCUCUGUCAGCUCCAUACAGCUACGUGGGACAGAAGCCCCCCGACACCCGGUCUGUCGUCCUGCUGGAGGAGAGCUACAUCCUGAAGGACCCCUUCACUGCAGACAGGGACAAAUUCCUGGUCCUUGGCUCGCGAUGCAGUGUGUGCAGCAGGCUGGUGUGCGUGGGCCCGGAAUGCAGUUUGUUCUACUCCAAGAGAUUUUGCCUCCCUUGUGUCCGGGAGAACAUAGCUGCUUUCCCACAGGAAAUCCGGCAAGAUGUGGAGAAGAGGAAAGCUCUGGCCAAGAUGCCCCACGUCAAGCCCAGCUCUCGGACCUGAGGGCGGGGGGAGCCAGGUGCCGGCCCCUGCACAGAGCUGCUGGGGACAGCUGAAGCCCGGGCCAGCCCAGCACUGGGUUGCAGGCCACGGUGCCUGUUGUCGCUCCUGGGCUGUGUCUACAGCUGGGGGAGCGGGGCAGGCCAGUCUGCAGCAGCAGUGAACCUCUAGUGCCGAGGUCCCUGAAGCACCAGGUGUGGCUGUCCCUCAGGCCCAGAUAUGAUGGGGCGGCAGCUGCCCAGAAAGGGAAACCUGGGCCGGCCUGUUGGCCCUCCCUUUCUGUCUGGGCUGGGGGUCCAGGCCUUACGUCCAGGCCCUCUGGCUCAUCUGCUGACCCACGCGUGGGCCUGGGGGCCCUUUUCUUCCUUCAUGCUCACUUAUCAAAUACGGGGUCCCCACCUCUGGUGCCAUUGCUGUGCUGGCUGGAGGAUGCAGCCGUGGGGAGCGGAGGACCCUGGUCACGGUCUGGCAUCUCAAAUGGUCGUGUGGAGGAGGUGACCAGUACUUGGAGCAAGGAAGCGGAGAGUUCACCAAGAGUGAGCCUGUGGGUACUGGUGGGGAGGGUGGCUGAGUCACGCCAAAAGCUGCAGGACACGCUCGAUCCGGUGAUGCUCUCUCUAAGGACAAUCUGACAGCAGCUACCUCCAGAGUGAGACUGGGAGGUUAGAUGGGUGGAAUUUUUACUUCGUGUUCCUGUGGAAUGCUUGCAAGAUGCUGUAACCUUGAGUUUGUAUUGUAUUUAUGAUUAAAAAGCCAAAGAACCAGUUUUUUGAAACAUUGCAAGACCUGCUGUUCUCCACAGUGAUCCACGGGUCUCCUGGGAAGCAGACCACCAGCUUCCAGCCUCUUCUACUCUCUCAGGCUUUGGCUCCAGCUCCAAGCCCAACUCCGUUCCCUUGGCCCCACCCCCAAGUCAGGGCUGCCUUUGGCUCCCUCUGUUCACUCUCACCUCAGAACCUCUGUGUUGCUGCCCGUGUGUUCUCCUUGUCCACUUGGCCCUUGGUGUCUGUGAAGUCCAGCCUCACGGCCUACUGGGAUGUUCCCGUGGUCCCCCAUCCCUGUGGCCCCUCACCCCCAUGGCCCCUUUUCUCGGUCGCACCUCACCCUUGUGGCCCCUAUCCCUGUGGCCUCCCUCUGCCAUCACCUACGUGGUUCCAGUUGGUGUCACAAUUCCCUGUGGGUUUACCCAGUGGACCCAGCUAGUUCAGGAGCAGGGACUGUGUCAUCUUUUGUCACAGUGGGAUGGCCGAUUUACAGGGCCGGGAAGUGUCAGAAACAGGGUUGGCAAAAGAAGGAAGGAAAAGCUUUUACUGAAUGAGUGGUGGGCUAGAUUUUGUUUUAAAAUGCCUGUGCUUUCAAGUUUCCUGUUUCCUAUUUCUUUGGACCAGUAGGUCACUUGGGGCCACGUUAUCCCAGGUCUGUUCCGACACUGAAGGACAGAAGGGGGAUCCAUGUACAGGCGAGGGCAGCCGAGGUGGCUGCUCUGGGCAGAGUGAACACCAGGGGAUUUAUUUUUCCCAGUGAUUUCAUUGGUACAGCAUCACUCGAAACUCACCGAAUAAUUUUAAAAAAUAGUUUAUUUUUUAAAACCAUUAAGGCAAAACUGUACCCUGAAAUUAACCCUUCACAUUCAUCAGUCUUAGGACAUUCUAGACACGAAAGUUCCCACACGUUCAGGCUGCAGAUUAAUACACAAGAUCAGCUCAGUCUCUUCAUGGGAGAUUUCAAAGAAUUAAAGUGGUAUUAUAGUCAUUUUCUAGUAGCCUGGAACCACCUGGUCAGUAAAUGUGACUAGAACAAUUGCAUGGCCCUUCUGUGCAUACCUGUUUCCUGAGGUCCUGGACACCUAGCCAUACCCAGAGUCUGGGGAGGACGCCGAAGCCUCAGCAGCAGUGUCUACUUUGGAACGGCCCGUUUUAGUGGUAAAAGCCAAGGUCUCUAAGCCCCUAAGUGCUUUAAUGAGAGUCUAAGGCACCUAGCAAUGGUGACAGUGAACACAGGUCCAAAAAGCAAGUCCAGUCCUUGCUUUGGGCAUGUCCACCCUUCCUCUGUGGGUCCCGGCAGGCCCCUUGCUAUGGGGAUUUAGCCUGAUGGCAGUGUGGAUUCAGAGGGCAUUACAAAUGCACACCAAGAAGCUUUGCCACGAUAUUAAAAACCAUAGAUGGCAGUGGUUUCUGUCUUGUGCUUCAGGCGGGCUGUCAGACGCCACCAGAGAACUGCUGGUGCAGAUGGUUUCCAUCAGACUUUCCAAUUGCCAGUGUUCUUUGGUAAUAACCCACAGGCCUUAAUCACCUGAAGAGCGGACAGCUCUUGAUUAAGCAGGAUUAGUUGAUGGUCUUCAGCAAAACAUUUGUACAAAAUCCAUGACCUCUCUCAUACCUGGCGUCUGAGAGGGCCUUGCUGGUGGGAAUGAACACAGAUGACAAUCGCUGGCACUUUAUGAAACAUGGCAAAUGGGACAGAUUUACACAGCAAGCACAAAUUCUCUGUGGCUCAGUAGAAAUUAAAAGCUUUGAUGUAUAUGUGUGUGUGUGUGUGUGUGUGUAGUUAUAUUUCAGGUUCCUUUGUGUUUCCAAUAGGUUCAAGAACCAGGCUUUUAAGAAUAUACCAUCAAUUAACACUGAUUUCAAAAGAAUCCAAAUGUUUGUUACUAGACACGUGAUUGUAAAUUAGUAAAAUAUAUUAGGAUGUUGUUUAUAAAAACAAAUCACAGCAUUUAGGACACAGCUAUUAACAUAGUUCUUUUAAAUGUACAGUGUAGAAGAAAUGGUGCUAUGCAACAGGAACCCUGCAGGCUCCCCAGAAGGGGCAUUCAGUGGUAUUCGUCUUUUUUGAGGUACUUUUUUUUUUUUUAGGUCUGAAAAAGGAACCAAAAACCCGUUGCUGUUGAUUUGAUUCUGACUCAUAGCGACCCUACAGGACAGAGUAGAACUGCCCCAUACAGUUUCUAAGGAGCGCCUGGUAGAUUCAAACUGCUGACCUUUUGGUUAGCAACCAUGGCUCUUAACCGCUGUACCACCAGGGUUUCCAAAAAAGGAACAAAUUGUCUAAAAAAGAAGACAUUUCCAAACAGUGGAUGGGAAAAAAAAAAAGUGGAUGGAUGGUUUGCCCUUGGAAAG